AUGAGGGGCAUCCAGAUUAAGGAAUACGUCAAGGGGCCCGAUGAUCUCAAGGUCGUCGACCUACCCGACCUCGCGCCUGAGGAGGCCGAAUAUGUGAUCAAGGUGCACGCCGCCGCCGGCAACUUCUUCGACAUUCUCCAGAUCCAAGGCAAAUACCAACACCAGCCUCCCUUUCCUUGGACCGCCGGCGCCGAGUUCUCCGGGGUCGUCGUCUCCGUCCCGACCAACCCCGAGACGCCGCCGCUGUACCCCGUCGGCACCCGCGUCUUCGGCGCCUCGCAGGGCGCCUACGCCGAGUACGUGCACGCCCCCGAGCGCGCUCUCCUGCCCGUGCCCGAGGGCUGGUCCUUCGAGGACGCCGCGGGGCUCUUCGUCACCGCGCCCACCAGCUACAGCGCCCUCGUCCAGCGCGCCAACAUCAAGCGUGGCGACUGGGUGCUGGUCCACGCCGCCGCCGGCGGAGUCGGCCUAGCCGCCGUUCAGAUCGCCAAGGCGUUUGGCGCGACCGUCAUCGCCACCGCGUCCACGCCGCGCAAGCUUGACGUGGCGAAGCGCUUCGGCGCCGACCACGUGCUCUCGUACAACGACCCGAGCUGGCCGGCGCAGGUCAAGGAGCUGACGCCCGAGUCGCGCGGCGUGGACAUCGUGUACGACCCGGUCGGGCUGGUGGACAAGUCGACCAAGUGCGUCGCGUGGAACGGCCGCAUCCUGAUCAUCGGUUUCGCGGGCGGCGCCAUCGAAAAGGUGGCGAUGAACAAGGUGCUGCUCAAGAACAUCUCGCUGGUCGGCCUCGCCUGGGGCGCGCACGCGCUGCACCAGCCCGAGAUGGUGCCGGUCGUCUGGCGUGGCGUGCUGGACCUGGUGCGCAAGGGGGAGCUCCGCGGCACGCAGUACACGGACGAGGCCUUUGUCGGGCUCGACCGCGUCAAGGACGGCCUCAAGGCGCUGGGCGGCCGCGACACCUGGGGCAAGGUCAUCAUCAAGAUCGCCCCCGAGGACAAGAGCAGCAAGCUGUGA